ACAAACCCCCAAAAAACCAGAACCUCCUCUCUUUCUCACUCUCCGUUCUCUUUUGUGGAUCGGAGAAGCCAUGGAAGCACUACUCACAGACUGUGUCCAGAAUAGUCUUCGCCAUUUCAUGUACCGAAACGCCAUUUUCAUCUGCGAACGCUUAUGUGCCGAGUUUCCUUCCGAGGCAAACUUACAGUUGUUGGCUGGCUGCUACUUGCACAAUAAUCAAUCUUACUCUGCAUGUCACAUUCUCAAAGGGACGCAAAUGGCUCAAUCUCGGUACUUGUAUGCAUUAUCAUGCUUUCAGAUGGAUCUUCUUAGUGAAGCUGAAGCAGCACUAUGCCCUGUUAAUGAGCCCAAUUCUGAGGUUCCUAAUGGUGCAGCAGGUCAUUAUCUUCUAGGGCUUAUUUACAGGUACACAGACAGAAGAAAAAGCGCUGUUCAUCACUUUAAGCAGGCUUUGUUUUUCGAUCCCUUUUUAUGGGCAGCAUAUGAGGAGCUUUGUGUUUUAGGUGCCGCUGAAGACGCAACAGGAGUUUUUAGCGAAGCAGCUGCUCUUUGCAUUCAAAAGCAGUACGUUCACCACGGAGCAACUUCCCAGAACUUGCAAACAUCCAAUGAAGAUCAUAACUUAGUUCCUACAAGGAACUUUGGCUCCGAGGAUGUCAGUCCAAGGCAGCUAAAACAUGCACAAACCAAUAAUCUAAGGGAUAUCCCUGGAAAUUUUCAUGGAGCAGCUAUUUUGGGAGGAGCUACCAGUCAACCUCCAAAUGGUGGCUCUUCUAACCUAUCGUUUUAUAAUACGCCUUCACCAAUGGCGACACAGUUGUCAGGUGUUGUGCCACCACCUCUAUGUAGAAAUGUGCAGCCAAAUGGCCCGAACGCAAGUUCACUUGGUACCGAUAACUCUCCUAGGUCAACCGUGAACUCUAACAUUCAAGCCCCUCGAAGAAAGUUUGUGGAUGAAGGAAAAUUACGGAAGAUUUCUGGGAGGUUAUUCUCUGAUUCUGGCCCCCGACGAAGUACAAGACUUGCAGAAACAGGGGCCAACAUGAAUGCUGGAGCUACAUUGGUCGCAGGAAAUGGAACUAGCAACUCUUCUAAAUAUCUCGGAGGUUCCAAGUUGAGUUCUGUGGGAUUUCGUCAAGUGACCGUUCGGAAAGGACAGUCUUGGGCAAAUGAAAAUUAUGAUGAAGGGGUGCGCAAUGAUACUCUUGAAGAUUCUCGUGCCAGUAUUACAUCAACAGCUUCUAGUUUAUCUGCCUCUAGUAAUUUUAGAUCUCCUGAGCAAGAAGAUGUAACUGUGCCAGUUGGCGGUGUUAUCAUGAGUGGUUCCAGAAUCCUGAGUGGCGCUUCAGAAAUACUGGGCCUCUUGAGAACUCUUGGGGAAGGCUUUAGAUUUUCCUGUAUUUACAGGUGCCAGGAUGCACUGGAUGCCUACAUGAAACUACCUUACAAGCACUAUAAUACUGGAUGGGUGCUUUCCCAGGUUGGGAAGGUUCAUUUUGAAUUGGUUGAUUACUUGGAAGCUGAACGAGCCUUUAGUCUUGCUCGCCGAGCAUCGCCUUACAGCUUAGAAGGAAUGGAUAUAUAUUCUACAGUUCUUUAUCAUUUGAAGGAAGACAUGAAGUUAAGUUACUUAGCCCAAGAAUUAAUAUCAACAGAUCGCUUAGCUCCUCAAUCCUGGUGUGCCAUGGGAAAUUGCUAUAGCCUGCAGAAAGACCAUGAGACUGCCCUUAAAAAUUUCCAACGAGCAGUGCAGCUUAAUUCAAGAUUUGCAUAUGCACAUACCCUUUGUGGUCAUGAAUAUGUGGCACUGGAGGAUUUUGAGAAUGGAAUAAAGAGUUACCAGAGUGCAUUGCGGAUUGAUGCUAGGCAUUAUAAUUCUUGGUAUGGGCUUGGGAUGAUAUACCUUCGCCAGGAAAAGUUUGAGUUUUCACAGCAUCAUUUCCGAAUGGCUUUCCAAAUAAAUCCUCGUUCUUCUGUUAUAAUGUCCUAUCUUGGGACAGCUUUGCAUGCUUUAAAGAGAAGUCAGGAAGCUUUGGAGAUGAUGGAGAGAGCAAUCUCAGCGGAUAAGAAGAAUCCUCUUCCAAUGUAUCAGAGAGCUAACAUACUUAUGAGCUUGGAGAAAUUUGAUGAAGCUCUGGAAGUUCUAGAAGAGCUUAAAGAGUAUGCCCCUCGUGAAAGCAGUGUUUAUGCUUUAAUGGGUAAGAUCUUUAAGCGGCGCAAUAUGCACGAUAAGGCCAUGCUUCAUUUUGGUCUUGCUUUGGAUAUGAAGCCAUCUGCUACUGAUGUCGCUGCCAUUAAGGCUGCAAUUGAAAAGUUACAUGUCCCCGAUGAGAUAGAAGACGACUUGUAAAUUUGGAGGCAGGAAAUGAGAACUCAAGGUGAGAUUAUCUGACUAGACCUCUAGGCCCCAGGGAGAGUUUCCUGCUUGAGCUUUCGACAAAUAGCGAGUUAAAAAUGGCGUCAUGCUCCCGGCCUCUUCAUACUUGUGGGUGACCUCAGUUUCAUAGGUGACCGACAUUCUGAUAGAAAUAUAACAAAGGUAGAAGCUGUAACACUUGUAUCUAUAUUUGUAUCAUUAUGUCACAAGAUGGAAAGGAAUUGUAUCAUCCAUUUGUACUUGACACUUGUUUAUAGGUUCGUAUCUUCCUUGAUGUCAAGACAUGAAAUUCGAAAAAUCAUUAAUUUCUAUGCCGUUGAGGCUGCUAACCCCAA